CUAACAACAACCUCCCCCCCCACCCCCACCCCCACCCCCACCACCCGACACUGCAGGCUCAGGCCGAGCUCCCCCGCUCCGAGCCGCGAUGCUGAAGGCCGUCAUCCUGAUCGGGGGGUCCCAGAAAGGGACACGGUUCCGGCCUUUGUCCUUCGAGGUUCCGAAGCCACUGUUCCCAGUGGCUGGGGUCCCGAUGAUUCAGCAUCAUAUCGAGGCUUGUGCAAAGGUUCCAAAUAUGAAGGAGAUUUUACUGAUUGGGUUUUACCAGCCAAGUGAUGAAUUAAACCGUUUCCUCACAUCAGCACAGCAGGAAUUCAAAGUCUGUAUCAGGUAUCUCCAGGAGUACAUAGCUCUGGGCACUGGUGGUGGGCUGUAUCACUUCCGAGACCAGAUCCUGUUUGGAAACCCAGAGAAAUUCUUUGUCAUGAACACAGAUGUUUGCUGUGAGUUUCCCCUGAUGGAGAUGAUGGAAUUCCAGCAAGCUCGAGGUCACAUCAACUCAUUCGUCAUGUUGGGGACAACUGCAAACAGGAGGCAGUCAAUGAAUUAUGGCUGCAUUGUGGAGAAUCAGCAGACACACGAGGUUCUGCAUUACGUAGAAAAGCCAAGCACCUUUGUCAGUGACAUCAUUAAUUGUGGAAUAUACCUCUUCACCCCGGAUAUUUUCCAGUACAUCGGAGAAGUGUUCAAGAAAAACCAGCAGGACCUCUCUAUAGAGGAGAACACAAAUGGCUGGCAGCGAGCUGAGGUUAUCCGCCUGGAGCAAGAUAUCUUCACCACCAUGGCCGGCCGUGGCUUCCUCUACAUUUACAAAACCGAUGGCUUCUGGAGUCAGAUCAAGUCAGCAGGGUCUGCCAUCUAUGCCAACCGACUGUACCUUAACCAAUACCAGAAAACCCACCCUGAUCGGCUGGCAAAGGAUGAACCAGAUGGUCCCAGAAUCCUUGGUAAUGUUUAUAUCCAUCCGACAGCACACAUCGAUCCCACAGCUGUGCUAGGUCCAAACGUCACCAUCAGUACGGGAGUGACAAUCGGAGCGGGUGUUCGAGUCAGAGAGUCCAUCAUCUUACAUGGAGCCACACUACAGGACCACAGCUGUGUGCUGAAUUGUAUCGUGGGUUGGGACAGCUCCAUCGGCAAAUGGUCAAGAGUCGAAGGAACCCCAAGUGACCCCAACCCCAAUGACCCCCAUGCCAAGAUUGACAGCGAAACGCUCUUCAGCGAUGGGAAACUCAAUCCUUCAAUAACGAUACUUGGGUGUAAUGUCAGUAUUCCCUCUGAGGUGAUCAUCCUGAACUCCAUUGUCCUGCCUCACAAGGAGCUGAAUCGUAGCUUCAAGAACCAGAUUAUUCUAUAGCCUGAGCUCAGCUGAUUACUCAGGUCCAGAGCAAACAGUAACUGUUAGUGCCUCCUGAAACUGUCUGACCUGUGCCUACAUCGGACGUACAUACUGAUUUCAGCAUUGUUACUUUACAGACCUGUGUAAACCUACUCCGCUAUUCUUCAGUUAUGGAAACCAGAAUUGAUUCUUAAGCCCAA